AUGAGCACCUCCAAGCUCGAAUCGCCCAGCCUCUUCGAGGUCAAGGGCUACGUCGCCGUAGUCACCGGCGCAAGCAGCGGCAUCGGGUUAAUGGCCGCGCAGACGCUGGCAGCCAACGGCGCACGCGUGUACAUCAUCGGAAGAAAACCAGAGGUACUGGAGACGGUGGCUGAGAAGUACUCGUCGCACGGGCAGAUUAUUCCCCUCCCAGGCGACAUCUCUCGAACAGACGCAAUCCCCGACAUCGCCUCGGAGCUCCGCAACCGCGAAGAAAGCGGCAUCAACAUCCUCAUCAACACAACAGGUGUGUCCUCCGAACCGCACGCCAAAGCCGAAUCCGCCUCCAUCGACUUCACCGACGCCGCCGCCGUCGGCGCCUGGAUGACCCGCGACGGGCCCGAGGCCUGGCGCUCCUCGUACGCAGGCAACGUCGCCGCGCACCACUUCCUCACUGCGGCUUUACUGCCCUUACUUGACAAGGGCCAGCAGGCUCUCAAUGGCGGCGGUGGUAGCAGUAACAACAACAGCAACAGCAACAGCGUGCAGACCAGCGUGGUGUUGAAUGUCGCUAGUCUGGCGGGUGUCACUAAGACGCAUUCGCAGGGCCAGUUUGCGUAUAGCUCGAGCAAGGCUGCGCUCAUUCAUCUGACGCGCGAGUGGGCGCAUGCGUUUAUGCCGCUGGGCGUGCGUGUUAAUGGGCUUGCGCCGGGUCUGUUUCCGUCGGAUACUGUUACGGAGAGGGCGGCGGAUCGGGCUCGGUUGUCGCGGUUGGAGGGUGCGGGAGAAAGAUUUCCUGCUGGUCGCAUUGGCCGUGCUGAGGAUAUCGGCGCCGUAGUGCUGUAUCUCUGCAGUCGGGCCGGGUCCUAUGUCAAUGGGCAGAUCAUCAGCCUUGACGGAGGUCUACUCUUGAGAUCCCCCGGGGCCGUGUAA